CCCCCCCCCCCUUCCUUCCCUCCUCUUCCCUUGCAGAGAGCAACGCCUUUUGCGAUCGUUUGACCGACCCUCUCUUUAUAGCUCCGGUUCGACCCUCGCGCGACCGGCACCAUGUCGAACCCCAACGCGCUCCUCCUGCUCGCCGACCACAUCAAACUGUCGCUCCUCGAGCAGAAGCGCGCAAAGGCGCUCAAUCUCCGGCGGGACUCGCAAGACGGGCACAUCUCUCGCUCGCUCGACCACUUCAGGGAGGGCUUGGAAUCGCUCGAGAAAGAGCAAUGGCGACUUGAAGAAGCAGGCGAUGAAUCCAAAGCGUCCUCCCUCCGAGAUACCCUCUCUUCGCUGCGCAAGCAAUACGACGAUCUCUCCUCCCAGUUCAGCGGCAACGCUUCCGCCACAUCCUCCGCCACCCUAACCCACCCCAACGACCCCUCGCUAGCAGCCGACUUUGCCCACGCCCAAUCGGCCCACGCCGAACACCCACCAGCACUAGCUUCAGCAUCAGCUAUUCCUGAAUCAUCAUCGUCACCACCACCGCCGCAAGCAGGCGCCACCACCACCAUCACCACCACCUACAACAACCACCCCGCUCCCGCCAAGAAGGCGGUCCGCUUCUCCUCCCCCGCGACGGACCUCGAGUCCCAAACCACCACCCGCCCGGGCAUCGGCACCGCCAACAACCCGCUCUUCCCCUACCGCGACGAGCCAGACGACGACGACGACGACACGGCCGGGUACGCGGCGCACAUCGCGGCGCAGGGGCUGUCCAACGCGCAGAUCCACGCGUACCACCAGCAGAUCCUGUCGGAGCAGGACGCGCAGCUGGAGACGCUGAGCGCCUCCAUCGCGCGGCAGCGCCAGCUGUCGAUGCAGAUCGGCGACGAGCUCGAGGACCAGGUCCUGCUGCUGGACGAGAGCGAGCGCGCCGCCGAGCGCCAGGCCGGCGCCCUCGGCCGCGCCCGCCGCCAGGUCGGCCGCAUCGCUAGGAACGCCGCCGAGAGCGGCGAGGGCAGGCAGCUCACCGCCAUCGUCGUCCUCAUCAUCGUCUUGGUCUUGUUGAUUAUCAUUCUCAAAUGAGGGGAAUUUCGCGGCCGGCAGGACGGGACGGGACGGUCCGCCUGGCUCCGAGCCCAGGAGCCGCCCGGCUGCCCGACCUUUUCCAAGAGCUGCUAUUCAUUGCUCAAUGCAUAAGAGCCGAACCUACACAGGGAUAAUAAUGGCGGGAGGGUUGGAUGUUUGACAAUGGCAGGGCUGUGAUUCUCACAUUCUAAGGCGUUUUCAUCAUGGAGGGUUUGGCGUUUCGGUAGUUAACUGUUGGCUUGCUGGCCGUGUCUUAUUCCCCCUCGGUAUGCGAACUGAUUUCCACCGUUUCUAUGCACUCCGGUAUGAAGAGAACCGUGGGCUUCUUUCUGCGGGCGACGCGAAUUCCACUUUGUG